AUGCUUGGGUCAUAUUUGCAGUGCAUUAAGCCACUCACAUCCUAAACACCUGACAGGAUGAAAAACAUCGUGCAUCACUUUUCAGAGCAUGGGCUAGUGCAGUGUUUCUCAAUUCCAGUCCUCAUGGACCCCCAACAGGUCAUGUUUUCAGGAUUUCCCUCAGAUGAAACAGCUGUGGUAAUUACUAAGGCAGUGAAACUGAUCAAAUCACCUGUGCAAAAUAAUGGAAAUCCUGAAAACAUGACCUGUUGGGGGUCCAUGAGGACUGGAGUUGAGAAACACUGCCCUAGG